AUGUCGCUGCGCAACAUACGAAAGAUUUACGGAGGUAAUACUUUGCCAAAACCUGACGAUUCCAGCGAAGACGAAUAUGAGCCUCUUUAUGCCAAAAAUUCUGUAAAGCCUCAGUUCUCUAACUUACUACUGAGUUCACCCUCUGAAUCUGUAGAAGAAUCACCUGAGCUGAAUGAAUCGGAGUAUUCUGAAGAGGUUGAAGUGGAAAAGGUUAAGAAAAAGAAGAAAAAGGGGCGCAAAAAUAAAAAGUCAAAAGGUCGUGGUGGGUUGAAAUUGGAGGGUUCUGAAGAGAUGGACGAAAUAGAUAAAUCUGUGAUGGAAGUAAAUGCUCUACUAGGCAAACCACCACCAGCAACUCCUCCUAAACCAGAAGUAAAAAUUGACAUCGCGCAAGUUCUUUUUGGAGUUAACAUACGCAACCUGAAUGUUACUUAUGAGUUGAGAAGAUUAUUCGGGCCUGAAGUUGACGAUGAAGUCAAACGUACUCGUGGACGCGUGCCUAAUUUGAGGCGUUGCCAAAAACCAGUUAUUAUUCCCAAGGCGUCAGAUUUUCUCAGAUCAGAGGGUCCUUCGAUGUCCUUGAAAAGUCGUGAAAAUGGGUACUCUUACUUCAUAUUCGAUCACAGCAGAGAGUACCAGAAGAAGCAUCUCACCUUCUUAAUGCUUACCGAUCAGAGAGUGGGCAAUUCAACGUUUACUUCGAUUGACGGCUCUUUUAUGCAUGUCGAAGCUAGAUUAGAGGCGGCUGACUUUCUAUUCUUCGGAGAGGAAUAUUCCAUGGGUAACACACUUAUUGAACAAAUAAUUGCUUACAUGCAGUCUGUAUUCCAUCCAUCGUUCAAUCUGGGCGACAGAAAAACCCGUUUGGAAUACAAAUACAUCGAGAACCGCCCCUUCCAUAUCGCCAUUCUGAAGUAUAUACAUCUACUGACUAACAAGGCUUGCCACCGAACUGCUUUAGAACUAGCCAAAGUUUUACUGAACCUGGAUCCUACCGAUCCGUUAGCUGUACUGUUCAUCAUCGACAAUUUGGCAUUGAGGGCCCGGGAACAUCAAUGGCUCGUCGACGCCGUUGCCUAUUGGUCGAAAGAAAGAGAUGCCGAAUACAUGUUUAAUAUUCAGUACUCAAAUGCAAUGGCCAAAUAUCAUUUAGCCCUUAAAGAUUGCAGCAUCGACAAGAGAGAAGCCUGUGAGUUGUUGCAGAGGGCUAUACUUCGCUUUCCGUUGGUGGCGCUGAAAUUGUUAGAGAUUGUCAACGAGAGUGAACAUUCGCGUCUUGCCGGUCAUCCCUUGUUCCGCAUACCAUCUGAACAACAAAUGUCGAAAAACAUAAGAGAUCUGUAUUACCUUUACGCAUCAUUCACGUCAUCAAGAUGGCGGGAGCCAAGUAUUCUAGAAUGGUUUGUUUCUACCGUUGUGGAAACGGCGGAAUUAUACAACAAGGAGGUAGAAAUACAGGAAGAGGCGAAGAGAUUAGCCAAUCAAUGUUCCAACUUAUUCCGCCAAAUACCGGAUCAAGUACAAAGGCAUAUUUGUGUUAUCAGAUCGAUGUCUAACUUACUUGUCGAGGGGGCUGUUAUGCCUGAUGUGCCUUUAACACGCUUCUCGGACCCCAUACCACCCAUUACUACCGUUGACCGCUACGGUUACGCAAGGCUGUCCAGUAACUACUCUAAGCUGCAACGAUUCCUUGGGUGGGAUAGUGACGCACAACGGAACUUUCAAGUAAAUCUAGAGGACGAAGAAAAUAGACGACCGGGCAGUCUCGGUGCGUUGAUCACGUCGUUCUUCACAUCCUUACAAAUCAACGAACAGUUGGGGAACGUAAAUGCGAACGCUCUGGAGGAUACCGACGAUAGCGAUUUUGAUUAA